AUGGCUUCUUCACAAUACUUGGACAACGAUAACAACGACUUCUACCCAAACAUGCGCAUAGAGCUCGGCGCCUCCUCCUUCUCACCCUUCCUUUCCACCCCUUCCUCACACUAUGACCUCUCCUCGAUGACAUGCUCUUCUUCCUCUAUCAACUCUCCAGCCGGAUGGCCAGAAUACUAUUACCCAAUCGAAUUGCGCCGCAGCAGUAACUCGUCGUCCAAGUACUUCAAGUGGGUGCGCCCCAUUGCCCGACCCGGUCGACACAGCAGCCCCGACGAUGACGGCGAUAUUGACGAGGAUGGCACUGACGACUCGUUUUUAGAAGCGGAGUACCCUGUGUUGUCGACGAUGGAUUACAGUGCGCCAGAGUACGACUCUCUUUUUGUUGGGCCGUAUGCGACUGAGCAGCAGCAGCAGCAGCAGCAAGGCUUUCGGUCGCCAAAGACGAAAUUUUUCAAGUGGGCUCGGCCAGGACGACAACAUGGCGGCGAUGACAGCGAUGAUGAUGAAGAGAGGACGGAUAUGGACUACGAGGAUGAUGAUGAUGAGACGGUCAUGUCCAACGGUGAGGACGAGUACUUCUCGGACGCCUGCUCGUACACGUCGGCAUACCCCAGGGAGGCAGGUGCAGGAACAGACUAUGAAGAGGGCAUCAGUAGCGGUGACGAGCAUUCGAUGUCGAUGAUAGGUCUCAAGCGCCUUUAA